AUGCGCUCCCUUACUUUCGUUUUCAUCGCAACUCUCUCUUUCGUGAUCAACAUCCAAGCCUCUCCUUUACCUGUUGGAGACAAGUUGUUGGGUGGUUUGUCUGAUCCUCUCAAUAAGGCGCAACACGCUGUAGAGUCAGCUCUUAUUUCAACUCCUGCUGGUAAAGCUCCUUUGGCUGGUUUACGUGUUGCCCAAGACAACCUCGAGAGAGGCAGUGGUGUACACGCUCUUGGUGGCAAUAAGGCCAAACUUGGUGAAACGGUUGGUGUAGGCGAACCUACUGCAGUUAGCGACAAAUUCGCAUCCGCCGCAAAAACAGGUGGUCAAACAACAACAGGAACCGUUGGCGAAUCCGUUAAAAACAGUGAUGAGCGCACUUAA